AUGUCUGACAAAUUGAAAGACUUACUGGAGAAUAUGCCCAACAAGAGACAAACAGCGACUGUACAUGCAAUGAACAUAGCACACAGCAAAUCCAACCGAACGGAUAACCAACGUGCAGCUGCAAUAUUCAUGAAGAAGAUGCUUGUGUGUUCAUCGACCAAGUCGUUAAUCACGUUCACUAGUGAAAUAUUGUGCACGCGUUAG